AUGCAGCGCCUCGUCUUGCUCCUCCUCUUCUUCUCGCUUCUCGCCCAUGAAGACUCCGCCGUCGCCGUCGUGGGGUGUAGCCGACGGUGCGGCGGCGGCGGCUUGGUCGUCCCUUACCCUUUCGGCUUCUCCGGCAGCUGCCCCAUCAUCCUGUCCUGUAGCAACGUCGACGGCAACGCCACGGCGGCGCUCCUCCUCCACGGCAGCAACGCCGACACGACGAAUGGCUCGUACACCGUCGUCGACGGCUCGUUCAACUCGACCGCCUCCACCUUUGCCGUCUCCCUCCCGCCGUCGUGCGCGCGCACCGUCUCCGACGCGAGGCGGUGGCUCACGGGCGCCAACUACGGCGUCUCGUCGCGCUCCGGCCUGUUCCUCCGCGGCUGCCGGAGCGCCACGAACGCCAGCUGCGACGUCCCCGUCGAGGCCAUGCUCCGCACGACGAAUUGUGGCGGCGGCGGCGGCAAUGGAACCACGUCGUCCUCCUCCCUGACGUGCAUCGCGUCGCUCUCGCCGGAUCCGACGGCGACGCAGCGGGGGGAAGGCCUGUUCGUGAGGUGGAAGAAGGCCGAGGAGGCCAGGUGCGGCAACCUGCUGACGUCGGUGUACUCGGAGGCGCGGGACGGGGUGUUCUCGCUGGAGUUCGCGGCGGCGGAGAUGGGGUGGUGGGUCACCGGGAGCUGCAGCAAUCAUACCGAUGGCGGCGGCGUCGGCGAAGCCGGGCGGUGCGCGGCGGACGCGACGUGCUUCGACGUGCAGACCCCAGGCGGAACUUCGGCCCACCGGUGCUCGUGUAAAGACGGGAUGGCCGGCGACGGGUGUUAUCCUGCUGCAGAAGGCCGGCAGCGGAAAGUAACGGUGAUAGCCGUCGCCACAGCCGGUUCAGUGGCUUUCUUGCUCUCCCUCGCUCUCUCGGUUUGGUGGCGCUCGCGCCGCCGGCAAAGGCAAAGGCGGCGGAGUGUCAAGCCGGCGGCGAAACAACUACCCAAAGAUGAAAGGUUGUUCCGCGGGAAACGCGUCGAAGACGAGCUCGAGCUAGAGGCUGCCGGACCCCGGCGGUUCCAGUACAGUGAGCUCCCCGCGGCCACGGCGAACUUCGCUGCCGACAGGAGGCUUGGGAGCGGCGGCUUCGGCUCCGUGUACCGCGGGAUCCUGAGCGACGGCGGCGUGAACCGCGACGUGGCCGUGAAGAGGGUGUCCGAGACGUCCCGGCAGGGGUGGAAGGAGUUCGCCGCCGAGGUGAGGAUCAUCAGCCGGCUCCGCCACCGCAACCUCGCGCCGCUCGUCGGCUGGUGCCACGACGGCGACGGCGAGCUCCUCCUCGCGUACGAGCUGAUGCCCAACGGUAGCCUCGACGCCCACAUCUACAGUGAUCCGGAGAACGUCCUGCCAUGGCCGGCCAGGUACGACGUCGUGCUCGGCGUCGGCGCCGCGCUGCUGUACCUGCACCACGAGGCGGAGCAGCGCGUCGUCCACCGCGACAUCAAGCCGAGCAACGUGAUGCUGGACGCGUCGUUCAACGCCAGGCUCGGCGACUUCGGCCUCGCCAGGCUCGUCGACGAGGGCCGGCGCUCGCACACCACGGGCAUCGCCGGCACGAUGGGGUACAUCGACGCGGAGUGCUUCCUCGCCGGGAGGGCCAGCGUCGAGUCCGACGUGUACAGCUUUGGCGUCGUCCUCCUCGAGGUCGCCUCCGGCCGGCGUCCGGCGGUGGUCACGGACGGUGGCGACGACGCGAUCCACCUCGUGCAGUGGGUCUGGGACAAGCACGGCGGCAGGGCGGCGCGCAUCCUCGACGCCGCCGACGCGCGGCUGAACGGCAAGUUCGACGGCGCGGAGAUGGAGCGCGUGCUGGUCGUCGGGCUCUGGUGCACGCACCCCGAACGCGCCAUGAGGCCGUCCGUCAGGCAGGCCGUCGGCGUGCUGCGGUUCGAGGCGCCGCUGCCGAGCCUCCCGGCGAAGAUGCCGGUGGCGACUUACGGCCCGCCCGUUGCCACGGUGCCGGCGGUUGGGCGAAGCGACGGCUCUGCAGGCGCUACAGUCUCCAUGGCCGCCGGAUCAGCGUCAGCUACGUCCAGCUUAGCUUGUUCAGGUUGA